CUUGAUUCAUCCCUUGCACUUGGACGACGACAAUCUGGCCGGCGCCAUCCUCCGUAGGCUCGCACUUUUCCUCCGUUGGACAAUGUCAUCAUGUUCCCGUUUCGAGUGGUAGAGCACAAAGUGCCAUGUCAGUACAUUCGCGAAUACCCUCGAGCGUUGGCCGACGAACAAGAAGACACCCUCCACCUCUCCGUCAAGCAGUACAUUCCACUCGAUAACCCUCGACCGCCCCAGCCAGGCGACGUCACCAUCAUCGCCGCACCGGGAAAUGCUUUUCCCAAAGAACUCUACGAGCCACUCUGGGAAGACUUAUCAAGGGUUCUCGCGUCUAGGAGGUCAUCAUCGUCGUCGUCGGUCCAGGUUCGUAGCAUCUGGGUCGCCGACGCCGCCAACCAGGGAGCCAGUGGCGUCUUGAACGAGGACCUCUUGGGUAACGAUCCCAGCCAUUUAGACUAUGCCCGAGACAUUGUCAACCUCAUCAACGUCAAGCGUGACGAGAUGCCCAGACCCAUCGUCGGCAUAGGUCACAGUAUGGGUGGACAGUAUCUCGUCUCGGCCUCACUCUACCAUCCACGACUCUUUACGACUCUCGUCUUGAUCGACCCCGUCAUUCAACCUCGCUUGGUGGAGACCAAAAAAGGCACCGUGGACGCCCGCCCACUACAGUUUGCCAUCUUCCGAAAAGGUACCUGGCCAACUCGAGAAGCGGCGGCGGCCGAACUAGAUCGCUCUCCUUUCCACAGGUCUUGGGACCCACGGGUGUUGGAACGAUGGAUCAAAUAUGGUCUACGAGAGGUUCCGGUCAACACCAUCUCCACCGCCACCUCCUCCUCCUCCUUCGAGGAACCCCCAACGGCCUCUUCCAAAGCCGUUGACACGAUCACAACAACAGAAAAGUCAAAGGCGGCGGAAACCGUCGUCGUGCUCACGACUCCACCGUCCCAAGAAGCGUACGCGUUCAUGAGGCCCAACUUUGACGGUGUCGGCGUCCAUGGUGAAUUGGUCAACCACGAAACCCAUCCCGACUUGGACCCGCGGUGGAAACACAUCUACCCGUUCUACGCGCCCGCCGUGACCCGGACGUUUGAGCGCCUGGGCGAAUUGCGGCCCCCGGCGCUGUACGUCUUCGCGAGCGACUCGUCCAUCUCGGACGCCGGGAUCAACGCCGAAAAGCUCGCCGCCACGGGCACGGCGGUGGGGGGCAGCGGCGGCGUCGCCGCAGGUCGCGUGGAAGGUGUCACGUUCGACGGCGUCGGACACUUGGUACCCAUGGAAGCACCCGGGCGGACCGCCGACGUGGUGGCGGACUGGUUGGACCGGCAGCUGCGGAUUUGGGAAAGGGAAGAACGAGACUUCAAAGCCAUGUGGCACGCCAAGUCCAAGGAGCAAAAACAAAACGUCGACCGGCGGUGGCUGGACAUGGUUGGAGGGGCGCCCGAUAAGAAAUCAACAAAGAAGAGUAACAGCGGUGGUAGUAAGAUUUGAUCUACAGUGUUAUGGAGGAGAGCAAAUUUAGAGCAUUAGAAUAAAUGUCUAGGGUUAAUGAUCCUCAAGGGUUGAGAGAGGAGUGCUGUUUUUUCCCCUUCCUAUACUGAACUUCUCCC